AUGUCGGCCAUCUUCGACUCAUCGUCGCCCUAUGGCUACGGCGCUCAGCCUUCCGGAUCAAAAGCUUCGCAAGCUACGUCACCCGGUCAGGCAGGCAAUCCGCUCGACUUUUACAGCAACCCCUCUUCCAACCAGCAAUUUUCGUCCUACUACUCGACGGGGAGCGGGCACGAUGGAUACGCCACAGGCAGCAACGCGCGGCCAUCUCUGGAAGGCAACAUGUCGUCUUCGGCGGGAUAUGCGCCAGGAUCAGCUGCACACGCCAUGAUGAGUUCGCAGAUGGGCUUCUGGUCCGCCUUCGGCACCGGUGGCUUUCCCGACGAACCCCCGCUCAUGGAGGAGCUCGGCAUCAAUAUUGGUCACAUCGUCGACAAGACUCUGACCGUGCUCAAUCCUCUACACAGUUACUCGGCCUCUCAUGCCAAAGACGCACACAUGAUGGACGACGCCGAUCUCGCAGGGCCGCUGUUGUUCUGUUUCAUCUUUGGCAUGACGCUCCUCUUGGCUGGCAAGAGUCAGUUCGGAUACGUAUACGGAGUCGCUCUACUAGGAGCCGUCAGCAUCUACACACUGCUCAAUCUCAUGAGCGAAGGAGGCAUCGACGCGUAUCGAGUCGCCUCGGUUCUUGGUUAUUGUCUCUUGCCUCUUUGCAUCCUCAGCACCGCAAGCAUCGUUGUUCGGCUAGACUCGUUCAUAGGAUACAUUGUCUCACCCCUGUUCAUCCUCUGGUGUUCGACUUCGGCCUCGGGCAUCUUUGUCUCGAUCCUCCGGUUGUCAGAGCAGCGUCUACUCGUGGCAUAUCCUGUCGGUCUCUUCUACGCUUGCUUCGCUCUCCUGAGCGUGUUCGAUAGCAACGGCGAAGCCCGUGAAAUGGACUUGUGUGUGAUUUGGCUGUGUCUCAUCCUACCUCUUCGACUGUUGCAGACCUGCUUGAGCAUCAUCAAAGCAAGACGAAAUGGUGGAAUUCGGCGAAAUCGUCGGGAGCUGGAACGCUAG